UGACGCGAGGUUCACCCUUCGUGUGGCACCGGCUUCAUAACCCGCUUGCGGUUGUUUUUUUUUAAUGGACGACGAGGUAAACAUAAUAAUCGAACGUUACGCAUCCGUGGGUUAGGAAAAAGGAUAUCAUAUUUCACCCCGCGAAUCUGCCGCUUCUGCUUCGGUCGUCACCAUGGAGUGCUGAAAGGCAGCGAGUGUCCGCAGUCACCGUGAAUAUGCAACAUGAUGUCGUGGUUCCCGGUAGCAGCGGUGUCGUUCUAGCUCCGAGCUUGGUGAUGGACGUAAGCGGUGCUGCUGGUAGCAGUGGCGAUCGUGAACCGGAAGCUGUGGGUCGCGGCUUUCGACACAGGAAAACCCGCCUCGAUCCUAUGUGUUGCCCGAUCUGCGGAAUUACGCUGCGGCCGCAAGAGAUUGAUCAGCAUUUUGCGGUCGAAGUUGAUCGGCUAGAGCGUAUCCUGAAGCCAAAGAGGCACCUCGGCGGCGGCAGUAGUGACGGUGGCAGCGGAGUUGCGGGCCCGAGUAGCAGCACAGCUGGUAGUGGCGGUAGCAACGGUAAUGUAGAAACUCGUAGUCACAGUUCUAAUGGCCAUGACGAACAACGAGGUAGCGUUGUUGCACCCGACGAGUGUUGGGGAACGUACCAGAAGAUCAAAAACAAUAGGCAGGCACGUUUGAAGCUGAAAUCGCGAAAGCGAAAGCCGGAAGAUAAUGUCUGUCCGAUCUGCAACAAGGUAACACUGGAGGACAUAACGCUGCACGUGGAGAGCUGCUUACGGAAAUCGGAGGGCCAGCGUAACGGCAUCGAGGAUGCGGAUGACGAUGAUGACGAUGACGACGAUGCGUCGAUCGAUGUCGAAGAAGUGACGUACGAAACGUACGAAUGGGCUGGCCAGAAGCGUAUUCGUUCAACCACGCUACUUUCACCGACAGCAUUGGCCGGAGUGGCGAUGCGAGUUACCAAUGCGGACGAUACAGACGACGAGCUGAACGUGGAUGGAGACGAGAGUCAGGUGUACGGUCCACCGCAGUACUCGGAACGGGACGUGAUCGUUUCAUCAGACGGUUCGGCUUCCGGUGCGCUCCGUCAGCUGGUGAUGGCCAACGAGCCGCACACUAUCAAGCCACUGAAUAGCCCGGGUGAGGGUACUAGCAAACUUCCGGCAGGCGGUGUCACUGGUGGUUGCUACGGGAAGCUUGAUGAGGCUGUGCUGCUGAGCGAAUCAACGAGCGCCGGUGCAUCGGAACGGACGAUCGUCGAAUCACUGAAGGCGAAGGUUCGCGAGUACGAGGGCUACAUACGCAACCGGCCAAAAUGUUUGAUCUGCAUGGAUGAUUUCCGCAAACCGGUCGUGUCCGUUUGUUGCUGGCACGUGUACUGUGAGGAGUGCUGGUUGCAUACGCUCGGUGCACGGAAGCUGUGUCCUCAGUGUAGCAUGAUCACAUCGCCAACGGACUUGCGACGCAUCUAUCUCUAAUCACUUAACUCAACCGUAAUUCAAUAGCGAACGAUAACGACAAUAAGCCAUUAAUGUGCAUCAUCACCAGACCUGUAGCCAGUUAUUGAAGGCUGCCGCCUGACCGCGUGAAACACACGCGGCAUGCCCUCCAUGAAGCCGUAGGCCGCGGUAGUGAUUUUUAACAAUAACUAAACGAACUAAGACAUAAGAGACGAGGUGUGGCUAACGUCGAGACUGCAUGGGGCAUGACAACACGGGCCAGAGCUCAGUAGGUGGCUAACCUCCGUUACCAUCAGUCUCUGCAGCGAAUUUAACCACCAUUCCGAUUAGAAUAAGACUUUCUUUCACUCAUAUUGUUUGUGUAUUUACAAUAACGAAGAAGAUAAUACAAUAUUAUGCUCGUACUA